GUGUUGGCCUACCUCACCCCUUGGAACCAGGGAGGCUAUGCCGUAGCCGAGCGCUUUGCAUCCAAGUUUACCCACAUUGCCCCCGUUUGGUUCCAAAUUGUUCGCCAAGGCCCUGAGAACUACCAGAUUCGCGGCGAGCAGGACGUGCGUUCGGCCUGGCUCGAGAGCAUGCGCAAGGCAGCUCCCCAUGUGAAGAUUGUGCCCCGUGUGAUUGUGGAAGAGCUGACUCCAGAGUCACUGGGUGCUCUCUUGACCGAGAAGAUUGAGCAGCGUGCUUUUGUACAAGAGGUCUCGCGCGUCACCCAAAAGUUCGGCCUUGACGGCAUUGUUCUCGAGUUGUGGUCACGCAUCCAGAUGACACCAGAGGUGCGACCCCUCAUGACCACGACCGUGCGCAACUUGGGCAAGCGCCUCCACCACAAGAAUCUGACACUGGGUCUGGUCGUGCCGCCCUUUGUCGAGUCUUUUGGGCCGGCCGAGCUGGCCGCUUUGGAGGCUGACGUGGACCUUUUCAGCAUGAACACGUACGAUUUCAGCCAACCCACUACGGCGGGUCCCAACGCCCCCUACGACUGGGUGCGCAAGUGCGUGCAGGAUCUCCGACCCACCGCGACCGCUGCACCCAAGCUUUGUGUGGGUCUCAACUUCUAUGGCAACAUCUACGGCCCGCAAGGCGGUAGUGCCAUCGUCGGUCAUCAGUACUUGGAUAUUUUGCGCGCACAGGGCCCGAACAUUCGGACCACCUGGAACUCUCGUGCACGCGAGCACACCAUGCAGUUUACCACGGUCCAAGGACCUAGCAGCUUGUAUUUCCCAACCACCCGCAGUAUUGCUGAGCGCGUGCAUCUGGCACGUGACCUGGGCACUGGGCUGGCUCUUUGGGAGAUCGGGCAGGGCAUCGACCACUUUUAUCAAGAGCUUUAA